AUGGAGACCCCUCCCCUCCCAUUCAUCCUCUGCAACCCCACCCCACCCCUGCCACCACAAACUUCCUGCCUCUCUAGGAAGCAGAGCUCAUUGACCCUGGGAGAGGAAGGGGGGGUGGCAGGAGAUCCGCCCUCCCCCUCCCUGCAAACAAAAAUCCCCAUUUCUUUUGUGAGAAGGUCGCUGGUUCGAUCCCCGGUAGCGGCACGGAAAGAGACGCACCCACAGCCCCCACCUCUGGAAAAACUACUCCUGGAUCUGAAGGUGACACAGGUUUACAUUUAUCUCUGUUAAUUGGGGGGGGGGGGAGAGAUCCCGCCACUGUGACACCCAUUUUCCAAGGGGAGUGUCGCCCUGCAAAGUAGGCCGGUGUUGUUUUGCCCGUUUUGCUGGAGGGGGUCAAAGUCAGUUCCUUGGCGGGGGGGGGCAGCUCAAUGACAGAGGAGAUGCUUUGCAUGUAUAGGGAAGCCCCAGGUUCGAUCUCCGACUCUAAAAGAGGGCAAACCCCCCACCCCCAUUUUCAAUUCUCCGCUGUGGGGAGGAGACCCGCCCCGUCCGACUCCAGCCAUGUGCAGACCCGAAGUGCAGGGGGGGAGCUGCUUUACUGGGGGGAGGGGGUACUCCCCCCCCAGCACCCAAUUUUAAUCUCGAUCAGCCUGCAGCAAUUGCCCCCACGGUAAAUGGAGCGUGGAGGGGGGACAUAGCUGUCAACUUUUCCCUUUUCCUGCGAGGAAUCCUAUUGGAAUAAGGGAAUUUCCCUUAAGAAAAGGAAAAAGUUGACAGCUAUGGGGGGGGGGGGCGUGUUGCAAUUUCCCAACGGAGGCCAAAGAGGAAGAGGCAAAAGGCAGCGCCGUCACGUCCGGUUCCCGAGGGAGCUCUUCAAAGGGGGAGGAGGGGUAUCAGUGGACAACACACCCUCCUUCCGCGUACAUAUUGCAAGGAAGGUAAUCGGAAGAGCGAACAAAGGAUCGGGUGGCCAGAGAAGACAAAGAGGUAAAGAUACAGCAAAGGGGGGGGACGGCGGCAAAGAGACCCCCCUCCAAAAAAACCCCAGCGACAGGGGCCUGGAUCUAUGCAAUACAGCUGCCAACCCAACAUUUGCAGGGUUUGCAUUGCACGAUCUCUUUUCGCGCACCCCCCCCAACAUGCGUUUUCCUGGAGGGGGGCAAGAGAUGCUCAGCUGCCCUGCACUCUUCCCCCCUCUUUCUGGCGCCUGUGCUGGAAUUGAAAUGCGGUGCCCACCAUUAGGGGUCCUUGCGGGAGCCCCCGUCCCCAAGCAGGGCUGAACCGAGGCCUCAGACGUGACGCCGACGCUGCGGAUUCCUGUUUCUCCCAGGCAGGGAUCCCUGGGACGUGCCUGGCUCCGCGCGUGUAGCGAGAGGCGCAUCCGUGUCGUGUGGGCCCAUUUGGCGGUAGAGACGGAGCCAGCCUUUUGCAACCUGUGGGUCCCCAGAUGUUGUUGAACUACAACUCCCAUCACCCCUAGCUAGCAAGGCCAGAGCUCAGGGAUGAUGGGAGUUGUAGUCCAACAACAUCUGGGGACCCACAGGUUGAGAACCAUAGUACACGCAAGGGUUUAAGGAAGCGAGAGGGGCCUGGAUAGAGACCCACCCCCACUUUCUUCUUCUGCUUCUCCCCCCUCUGUGUUCUACUUGCGAAGCCCCUCCAGGUGGAGAGGAUGGCGCGCAGGGGAGCACAGCUGUCAACUUUUCCCUUUUCUUGCGAGGAAUCCUAUUCGGAAUAAGGGAAUUUCCCUUUUAAAAAAGGAAACGUUGACAGCUAUGGCUGGGGAGACCUUGGGCGCGAGGGGGGAGCCGGUCCAAGGGCGCAGGGGAGACUCCGGGAAGUAGGGGGACAGUGGAUGUUUGGGGGGGCUGGGGAAUGAAUAGAAACAUCCUUUGGGAAGAUAAGAACAGCCGAGCACUGGCAGAGAGAAAGGUAAGAGACAGAAGUGGCCUUUGGUGUGGGAGAUGUCUCCAUCCUGGGCGCUGGCUUAUGGGGGGGUCCAGAGGGCAUGGGCGUAGCCAGGAUUUAUGGGGGGGCACAUUUUGGGGGGCAGGGCAGAACCGAAUUGUCUGUGACACAAUUGGUCAGUUAGUUAAGCAUUUUUAUUUAUUUACUUGAUGGGGGAACUGCCUCCCUGGACCCCCCUAAAAAGAGUGGUUAAAUUCCCCCACCCCCCAGGUUUUCAGGGUGUGUGUUUUUUGUUGUUUCAUAAAAUUUCAUUCAAACUUUUUCAUAAUACCAUAUGAUUUAAAAAAAACAAAAUUAAUUUAAAUGACAACAAAAAGAAAGAAAGAAUACAAUGUCUACCUGUCUCAAAGCAGCGUUUGAAACUCCCGUUGUUCUGGGCAAAUUUUGCGACAGGGAAUUUCAUUAGCACGAGCAGUUUCUGAGCUCUGGGCCCAGUACUGCAGCUAAGAUUUCAGAUUAAAACUGCAGAGUGGAAGGAAAGGAGGACCUUUUCUGCCUCCCUACUUCCAGCCACUCUCUGAAUUCUGGAGAAGAGACAAUCUUAAGAAUAUUAGGGGAGCAGGCAGAAGAAGCAUGGAUUUGUUUUUUGCAGCCUAGACAUUCCGUUGUUGUGGAAUGUUCCUUUUAGCUGCUAGCUUUCAUAUAUCAGUUUCUAACACUGUCUCAAAGGUAGAUCUUAACCCUUGUCUCACACAGAAAGGGGAGGGACCUCACCUGGGGGGCUUCCAUUUCUUCUCCCAGCUUGAAACCAGCUUUUCGCACAGGGUCCUUAACCAAUCAUUCAACACCUUCAGGGGUGUGUACACAGCCCACAAAAACAUGAGCCAUAAUAUGUCCAUUAGCCUUUAACCUGUGCUAAUAAUUGUGGUACAUGGAGGAUGCUGUGAAAAUGCUUUUGGGAUUUAUAUAUCAAUUAUAUAUUGAAAUCAUCUUCAUUACUUCUGGUUUUUGGUAGAGUGAGUUACAACCUGUGAUACUGUCCAUCGGCAUCAAGUGAGAAUAGAUGUAUGCACUUUCACAGUCUGGUGGGCUUCAAGGGUAAAGGCCCCACAAUGAUGAUGAUGAUGAUGAUGAUAAUAAUUUAAUAUUUAUACCCCGCCCAUCUGACUGAGUUUCCCCAGCCACUCUGGGCGGCUUCCAAUCAAGUGUUAAAAACAAUACAGCAUUAAAUAUUAAAAACUUCCCUAAACAGGGCUGCCUUCAGAUGUCUUUUAAAGAGAAGGUAGCUGCUUAUUUCCUUCACAUCUGAAGGGAGGGCGUUCCACAGGGCGGGCGCCACUACGAGAAGGCCCUCUGUCUGGUUCCCUGUAACCUCACUUCUCACAAUGAGGGAACCGCCAGAAGGCCCUCGGUGCUGGAUCUCAGUGUCCAGGCUGAACGAUGGGGGUGGAGACGUUCCUUCAGGUAUACAGGACCAAGGCCGUUUAGGGCUUUAAAGGUCAGCACCAACACUUUGAAUUGUGCUCGGAAACGUACUGGGAGCCAGUGCAGAUCUCUAGAUAGACAAUGCCCAUUACUGGAGGGUUUACAUGUAGACAUCUGAAUAAUAUAAUUUCAGUUAUAGAAAAUAAAGGGGGGGAAUAAAAGAGAGAGAAAAAGUGCAAAAAAUACCAUAAUAUUACCGUAUUCUCAUACUGCAUAUAUGGUUAUUAGAAACCUACUAUGUUCUCUAUGAACUCAUUCCAAAUGUCAGUAUGUUUAUCCAAACAAAGUCUACGUAUAUAAGUAAUCCAUUCAUCCGUAGUAAGUGUUGUCAUAUCAUCAAUCCAUCUGAAGGCAGCCCUAUUUAGGGAAGUUUUUAAUGUUUGAUGUUUUAUUGUGUUUUUAAUAUUCUGUUGGAAGCCACCCAGAGGGGCUAGAUGGGCAGCGUAGAAAAAACAACAACUAAUAUUAAUUAAAGAGGAACUUGUCUUUAUUCCUCCAAUUCAUCAAUAUCAGUCUCUUGGGCACAUUUAGGAAGCGCAUAAUCAACUUUUGUAAUCCAGUUGAUAUCUUACAUGCAAUCGGUAUAUAAUUCCAAAAGAUAUUUUCCUCUGAAAGUCUUCACUGUUAGAAUUCAGCUUUUUCAGUGUCACACAUAUUCCUUUGGCCACCCACCCCAAAGGAGAAAGGAAAGUGAGAGAGUCCUGGACAGAGCAGAGGGGAGAAUAUAAUGAUAAUAAUAAUAAUAAUAAUUUUUAUUUAUACCCCGCCCUCCCCAGCCAAGGCCGGGCUCAGGGCGGCUAACAAGCAAUAAUAAAAACAAGUUGAAUGAAUACAACUUAAAAACAAGAUUAAAAUACAACAAUUAAAAUAUUGAAACAUUAAAAUAUUAAAAUGCAGCCUCAUCACAGGAGGAGAAUGGAAAAUGGGGGGGGAAAGAGGGGGAGGGAAUCAAAUUGGCUCCAAGCCAAAGGCCAGGCGGAACAACUCUGUCUUACAGGCCCUGCGGAAAGAAAUCAGAUCCUGCAGGGCCCUGGUCUCAUGAGGCAGAGCGUUCCACCAGGCCGGAGCCAGUGUUGAAAAGGCCCUGGCUCUGGUUGAAGCCAAUCUAACUUCCUUAGGGCCCAGGACCACUAGGGUGUUGCUAUUUAUGGACCUUGAGGCUCUCCGUGGGGCAUACCUGGAGAGGUGAUCCCGUAGGUACGAGGGUCCUAGGCUGUGAUGUUUAAUUUUAAUAAGUUCCUUUUUCUUCUUUGAAACCCUAACAGGAUUUUUUUUCCUCCACUCACAAAUAGCAACAGAGAAGUCAUUCAGAAUUCUGA